UUCCAGGAGCUCCUCCCUGCAAGUUGUUGUCAGCACGUUGAGCUUAGACUGCCAGCGGCUGGAGAACAGAACAGAAACCGAGGUCCUGAGUCGAGGAGCCUGAGGACUGAGACCACCCCACAGCCACGGUGAUUUGCUCUUCAGAGCUGCUCUGUUUUGGGGGGAGCUGCAGCCCCCACACUCCACGGGACAUGAAGCAGCUGCAUGCAUGCAGACCUCAGCCUUAUCUGCGUGAGUUUGGCUUCAGUCUGGCUCUGAUUUCACACUAAAGCUAAAUCAACGCUGGAACACUCUGACCCCCCCGCCCCCUGCAAAAAGACUGACGGACGGCCCGGGGAUCACAGCAACACUAAAGGUCUGUGUGCGGUGGAAGCUCAGGGAUGAGGGCCACCGACACCACUGCUCCAGGAGCCCAAGUUCGGCCCCGGGGCCCCUUCAACAGGAUCAAGGUCUUCGUGCUCUGCCACAGUCUGCUGCAGCUGGCGCAGCUGCUGGUUUCAGGCUACAUGAAGAGCUCCAUCACCACCAUUGAGAGGCGUUAUGGUCUGUCCAGCCAGAAGUCAGGGAUCCUGGCUUCUUUCAACGAGGUGGGAAACACAGUCCUCAUCGUUUUUGUCAGCUUCUUUGGGAGCCGCGUCCACCGACCUCGCUACAUUGGGGGAGGAGCCUUGCUGGCAUGCUUGGCCUCAUUGCUUAUAGCUUCCCCGCACUUCCUGAAUGACCAGUACAUCUACACUGACCACACUCCAACAGCUUCGGGAGACAACAACUCAGGGUUCUGCCAAACUGCAGGCGCCCUGGCCAUCUCAUCCUCCAAUCAGACAUGCCAGGCUCAGGCCGACUCCUCCCAUUCAAUGGUGUACCCUAUGCUGCUUCUGGGCCAGCUGCUGCUGGGCAUUGGUGCCGUCCCAAUCCAGCCCUUCGGCAUCUCCUACAUCGAUGACUUUGCCAGCAAGAAGAACUCUCCGAUUUACCUUGCAAUUCUUCUGGCUCUCACCUCCAUUGGCCCGGCCUUUGGCUUUGUCACCGGAUCUUUCAUGCUCCGCUUCUACGUGGACUUUGACAAGCUGUCAGACGAUGAAAUUGAAUUGACCCCUAAAGACCUGCGCUGGGUGGGGGCCUGGUGGCUUGGCUUCCUGGUGGCCUCCUGUCUCCUCUUCAUCACUGCAAUACCAUACCUCUUCUUCCCCAGAGAAAUGGAGAAAGAGGACAGCGGUGAUUCUGAGUCUCAACCAGAGAAACAGGAGACAAAUCCGCAGCAGGAACAGUCGCUGCCUCAGUUCCUUAAAAGUUUUCCUCGUACCGCACUGCGCACGCUAAAAAGUCCCGUCUACCUGCUGGUGGUUCUGGCGCAGGUGAACCUGGCAGCGCUGCUGUCGGGCCUCGCCACCUUCAUGUCCAAGUUCAUUGAAAAACAGUUCAGCCAGACCACGUCGUUCUCCGGUCUGAUGAUAGGAGGAGUGGGGAUCCCUAUGGCCGUACUGGGCACCGUCCUGGGUGGAGCUGUCAUGCGAAGGCUCAACCUGUCGGUCGUUGGUGCCAGCAGGUUGUGUUUGACUGUGAUGGUGCUCUGUACGUUCUCCGCCCUGCCGCUGCUGUUCCUCGGCUGCUCCACACAGAAGGUGGCAGGGAUCUUUCCCCCCAGCACAAACUCACAGUCCUGCAGCUCUGUCUGUCAUUGUCCUUUGGCGGCGUUCAACCCAGUCUGCAGCUCUGACGGCGUGGAGUUCAGAUCUCCGUGCCAUGCUGGCUGCUUCUCUGUGAAAACUGAUGGCAGCAGCAAAGUGAAGAACUACACAGACUGUCGGUGCACCGGCGGUCCUGGCUACGCCCUUUCUGGGACCUGUGGCAGUGGAUGCUCCCACCUCUUGCCUCCCUUUGUGGUCCUGCUGGGUAUUACCAGCUUAAUCAUUGCUGUCUCACAGACACCAUCAGUCAUGAUAAUCCUCAGGACGGUGCGAGCAGCAGACAAGUCCUUCGCUGUGGGGGUUCAGUACAUGCUGUUCAGAGUCCUGGCAUUCAUGCCCGGCCCGAUGAUCUACGGCAGCAUCAUUGACACCACCUGUAUCCUCUGGGGCAACAAGUGCGGGAAGCAGACAUCAUGUCACUACUAUGAUCUGGACCUUUUCAGACAGAGGUUUCUGGGUCUGCUGAUUGUCUUCCUCUGCGGCGCACUGCUCUGCUUCCUGACAGUCGCCGUCAUCGUGCACAGAAAGGCCAAGUGUGAGGAAGUUCAGCCGGCACAGGCAAAGGACUACGAGAUGGUGGGGCAGAAGGAAAGCACUGACGUUAUACCCAAAGAAAAAAGUCCUGUGUGAAGACCAGAAGAGGCGGACAGAGGAAGCACAGAACCAGCAGAGAAAGGGGGAGUAAGAUCACAACAGACCAGAUUCUGAAGCUCAUUAAAGGACUACUCUGCCGGAUCAACGCAUGCAAAUGUUGCUACAGUAUUAUUGACUUUUCCUUUCGCACCAAAGACCAUCACAACAGCUGUUCUGGGAUGAACUGCAAAACCUGGAGGGUCCAAGACACUCCUGGAGGUCCGGUUAAGUUCACACACACAAUCUGCUCCAUGGGCUGUUUCAUUAAACGCAGACAGUGUAACAUACCCUGCUGUUACACACCAAAAAGAACUUUGAUAAGUCCAUAAAAAAUGCUUUGAAUUACAUUAUAAUUUAAGCUCAUUGCAGCAGCAAUCAGCACUGGCUGUGGCUUAUAACUGAUUUGAUGCUAGCACAUACAGAUCGUUGAACAGCAAAUAAAAUGAAAUGCCAGGAAGAAAGUGAAUAUCCAUCCAUCAGGAACCAGCAGUCUAAGCAAAGAUGCCCAGACCUCCCUCGCCCCGGCCAUUGCCUCCAGCUCCUCUGGGGGGACCCUGAGGCGUUCCCAGGCUAGCCGAGAGACGUAGUCUCUCCAGUGUGUCCUGGGUCUUCCCAGGGGCCUCCGCCCAGUAGGACAUGCCCGGAACACCUCCCCAGGGAGGCGUCCAGGAGGCAUCCAGACUAGAUGCCCGAGCUGUCUCAGCUGGCUCCUUUCGAUGUGGAGGAGAAGCAGUUCUACUCCGAGCUCUCCGCGGGUGACCGAGCUUCUCACCCUAUCUCUAAGGGAGCGCCCAGUCACCCUGCGGAGGAAGCUCAUUUCAGCCGCUUGCAUUGGGGACCUCGUCGUUUCAAUCAUGACCAGCUCAUGUCCAUAGGUGAGUAUUGGAAGGAAGCUCGACCGGUAUAUUGAGAGCUUUGCUUUUUGGCUCAACUUUCUCUUCACCACAACGGACCGAUACAUUGACCGCAUAACUGCGGACACUGCUCCGAUCCUCCUGUCAAUCUCACACUCCGGUCGUCCCUCACUCGUGAACAAGAACCCCAGAUAUUGAAACUCCUCCACCUGGGCCAGGGACCUUUCUAUGGUCGAGAAUCAUGCCCUCAGAUUUAGCUCACUCAGCCGCAAACCGCCCCAAUGCACGCUGGAGUUCCCAGCUCGAUGAAGCCAACAGGACAACAUCUUCUGGAAAGAGCAGAGAGGAAAUCCUGUUCAUCGAGGCAAAAAUAAAUAAUUUACCCAUAUUUUAUUCUUCUUUUUAUUUUUACCCUCUCUGGUUAAUGCAGGACAGCAAACCUUUAAACUCGGUCAGGGAGAGAACACAAAUGCAGAGAACAUAUUUGAUCCUUUCAGUUUGAAACACGUGCGUCAAACAACAAAAUAAAGCCUUAGACGCAUUUAAAUGAAUGCGAGGAAUGCCGCAAAGUUAAUAUUUUCUCUUCUCUUGCAGCCGAGCUUGCGCUUGCUGGAAGCAUGUUUUUGGACGGUGUGAGGAGGGGAAAUAGUCAAAAAUGCAAAACUGAAAUCAUUUUUUCUUAAAUUUGUUCUCUUUCAUAAGAAAAAUGCCACAAGUACAUGUCAAAAACUUAAAAACCUUUUAUUAUGUCAGAGGGGACUUUACCUUUACUGUCAGUGAAAAAUCUUUUAAGCUUUUAAGGAAUUUACUGUAGCAACGACAAAUCAAGGAAAGUACUUUAAAGGAAUUAUUCAGGACACAAGGUUCUUCAAUAAACUUGUAUUGUCACUUUACUCACAUUCAUCCAAAAUAAACUUUUUUUCUGAAAAUCCUGCCAUUUUUACACAAAAUGGUUCAUUUGAUUUCAAUGUUUUUGGUCAGAAGCAGGUUGUUUACUGCCGUUUUUAUGGAAACAUUUAUUCUUCCUGACCAAUUUCCCUUUUUUAAUUUUGUUUUUUUGUUUGUUUAAAUUUUUUAUUAAUUGUGUAUUUUAUGUACAAAAAACAGAAAAACUUUGACUUUUCACUGUCACAAACAUCUGUAUAAGUUCUCAGAGAUGAGCACUUGUUCAUCCAUCCAUUCAUUCAUUUUCUAACCCCAAUUAUCCCUUCCUUGGGUCACUAUCCCAGCUACUCUUAGGCAACACCCUGGAUGUUUUGCACCACUUCAGCAAACUGUAAAAGCUUUCCCGUACAGAGAUGUCCAAAAAGAAUAUUUAGCACUAUAUCUAUAAUAUCUAUAUAUUUUUACCAAAUUGAAGUUUGAAUUUUGUACUAAAGGAAAUGUAUUGGUUUGCAAUUAAAUCUUAAUUUUUUUUGAAC